GGUGUAAUUUUCGUGGAUGACUCCAACUGCAAACAAAAAAAAAUUUGGCAGAUUCUUUAUUUAUUAAAAAAAAAAAAGCCAUUUUAUCUGUAAAGGCUACAAGCUGGCCGUCCCCUUCUGAAACAUCUGACCAAACUUUCCAGCCCCAAGUCCAUGAAAAAGACAGCAAGGACAACGAAGAAGUAGAUUUUUUUUUGGCCAGUUACAAUAAAGCAGUAGUCGAGUUAUUAUAUUACCCAUUUCGGCAUUUCCAGUGGAGGGGAAACAAGUGAAAGGCAGAGAGGAAGACAGAUGGAUAUGGAGAAAGCAGUCAAGAGACAGAGAAUUCUGCUUGAUCAUUUACGACCCUCUUCUUCUUCUGCUCAAUCCAAUCAAUCUUCUGCUGCUCUCUUUCCUUCAAUUUGUGCUGCUGGGGAUAGCGCUGCUUAUCACCGGACGGCUGCUUUUGGGGAUGAUGUUGUGGUUGUGGCGGCAUGCCGCACUGCUAUUUGCAAGGCAAAGCGUGGAGGAUUCAAGGAUACACUUGCAGAUGAUUUGCUUGCCCCUGUUUUGAAGGCUUUGAUAGACAGAACAAAGCUGAACCCAAGUGAAGUAGCUGAUAUAGUUGUCGGUACAGUUUUGGCACCGGGCUCUCAAAGAGGAAUGGAAUGUAGGAUGGCAGCAUUCUAUGCUGGUUUCCCUGAUACGGUGCCUAUUAGAACUGUCAACCGGCAAUGUUCAUCUGGCCUACAAGCAGUUGCUGAUGUUGCUGCUUGUAUAAAAGCAGGAUUUUAUGAUAUUGGCAUUGGUGCUGGUGUAGAAAGCAUGACAACUGAUAAAAUUGUUCCUGGGGUAGGCAAAGUUAACCCAAAGGUAGAGAGCUUUGCCCAAGUCCGGGAUUGUCUUCUUCCUAUGGGCAUUACUUCUGAAAAUGUUGCACAGCGUUAUGGUGUGACACGGCAAGAGCAGGACCAGGCUGCUGUUGAAUCUCAUAGGCGUGCUGCUGCUGCAACAGCCUCUGGUAAAUUCAAAGAUGAAAUUAUCCUUGUAUCUACUAAGAUUGUGGAUCCCAAAACUGGAGAAGAGAAGCCUGUUACAAUUUUGGUGGAUGAUGGAAUUCGCCCUGACACAAACAUGGAAGAUCUAACAAAGUUGAAGCCUGCAUUUAAAAAGGAUGGGACAACAACUGCUGGAAAUGCUAGCCAGGUAAGUGAUGGUGCAGGAGCGGUCCUCCUUAUGAAGAGAAGUUUGGCUAUGCAGAAAGGACUUCCAAUCCUUGGUGUGUUCAGAAGUUUUGCUGCUGUUGGUGUGGAUCCUGCUGUGAUGGGCAUUGGUCCUGCUGUUGCCAUACCAGCUGCAGUUAAGCAUGCAGGUCUUGAGCUUAGUGAUAUAGACUUGUUUGAGAUAAAUGAGGCAUUUGCAUCUCAGUUCGUAUACUGUUGUAAGAGAUUGGAGCUUGAUCGAGAAAAGGUCAAUGUUAAUGGAGGUGCAAUAGCCCUUGGGCAUCCUUUGGGUGCUACAGGUGCUCGCUGUGUUGGAACUCUAUUGUAUGAGAUGAAGCGUCGUGGGAAGGACUGUCGCUUCGGAGUGAUCUCAAUGUGCAUAGGCAGUGGAAUGGGGGCUGCAGCUGUAUUUGAAAGGGGAGACUGUGCUGAUGAAUUCUGCAAUGCUCGAGCUGUCGAAACGAACGAGCUUCUAUCAAAGGAUGCUCGAUAGAUAUGUUUGUCGAUAUCUUUCUGUUUCAUUUCAAUAUGACAACCUGUCAUAUUCCCAAAAUUAGAUAAUUGUCAUUUGUCAAAGCCGCAUGCAUGAAAUCAAAAUAAAGUCAUCUGUGCAAUAGCUCAAGAACGAGGCUGAGCAAAGUUACACUCUUUUGUUUACAGGUGAUUGGAAUAUCAAUCCAUUUUGUAAUGUCGUCCUGUGAUUUAAUAAGGUUUCUAUUCUGUAAUGUUAAAUACAUCUUUUAUCCUCUGUGAUUUAAUAUAGUUUUGACGCACAAUUUUAUAAGGAGAUUGCCAUGGCAGAAAUCAUACAUCUGAAUGCUCAUCUAUUGAAGAAUCAAGGAAAAAGACCUUAGCCAUUUAUUGGACAGUUGGUUAGUUGUUAUUGACCGUUUAAACCACAUCAGUACUUUAAUUAACGAUAUUAAGAGUGUGGAGUAAAAUGCUUGAGGGAAUGAAAGUUCGAAUUUCAUCAAUUUUUUGUAUAAAUAUUAAAUCGUAAAAAAUAUAUAGCUUUAACUUUGCUCCCAAAGGCUGGUCUGCAGUAUCUGCGGAGGGAGUGAUUCUAUUAGCUAUUAGUAAUAGCCAUGUUUGUUCAUUGAUGUAGAAUUAUACCCUGCAUUUAGAUGGAAAUCAAUUUUAGUUUGCUUUUGUGCUGCAUCAAUUUGGUCAGGGAAUGAAACUUGGGCUUUUCUCCGGGGUAAA